AUGGAGAUCAACCCUCCAUGUGGGGAAAACAUGUAUGAUGAAGAUGGAAAAAAGCUUCCUCCCUGUAUUCCUGGAGCCUGGCUCACGCCGGCCAUCAUGGCCUGUUACCUCCUGGUGGCCAACAUCCUGCUCGUCAACCUGCUCAUCGCUGUCUUCAACAACACUUUCUUUGAGGUAAAGUCCAUCUCUAAUCAGGUCUGGAAGUUCCAGCGGUACCAGCUGAUCAUGACCUUCCACGACCGCCCCAUCCUGCCACCUCCUCUUAUCAUCUUCCCCCACAUCUACAUCGUGUUGAAGAGGCUCUGCUGCACCUGCAAGAGGAGGGCGGAGGGGGAGCGCGAUGACCGCGAGAGACGACUCCAGCUGGUGCUGAACGCAGAGGAGCUGAAAAGUCUGCACGAGUUUGAGGAGCAGUGUGUCGAAGAAUACUUCAGAGAGAAGGAGGACGAGAAGCAGUCGUCCAACAACGAGCGCAUCAGAGUCACGUCUGAGAGGUCGGAACAACACUUGGACUUUAGGCUGUCCAGCCUGAAAACAAGUUUUAUCGUCACUCCUAAGAACUAA